UCUGCUUCACUCACGUAUUCAUCUCCCAGAGACCGCAUCCACUCUACUUUGUGUCCGCCAGGAUGCUGAAACGUUUCUUCUGCGCCGCCGAGCUGGUGUUAGCGAGGCACCACACGCCCCGUCAUUACCGUCAAUAGCUGAUUAGCGUCAUCAUGUCCCCUCCGGCGUCGGCUGCCAGUGAAAGCAGCGCCACGACUGUGUUUGAAGAGGACGCCAGAGAGGAGCAAAAACCUCAUAAGCAAUCGCUGAGCAAGUCGUUGUGUCGGGAGAGUUUCUGGAAAUGUCUUCUCCUGUCUAUUCUCAUGUACGGCUGCAUGGGGGCGAUGGUUUGGUGUCACGUCACAGAGGUGACCCGCCUCACAUUUGACAGCGCAUUCAAAGGGAAAUCCAUGAUGUACCAUGACAGCCCCUGCUCUGAUGGCUACAUAUACAUCCCUCUGGCUCUGCUGGGCAUGCUCUACCUGGUCUACCUGGUGGAGUGCUGGCACUGUCACGCCAAGAACGAGCUGCAACACAAAGUAGACGUGGAGGGCAUUUAUGAGCGAAUCCAGAGAAUGCAGCAAGCUAAGCCGUGCAUCUGGUGGAAGGCCAUCAGCUACCACUACGUGCGUCGCACACGGCAAGUCACACGUUAUCGCAAUGGGGACGCAUACACCAGCACCCAGGUUUACCACGAGCGAGUCAACACUCAUGUGGCCGAAGCUGAAUUUGACUAUGGUCACUGCGGCGUGAAAGAUGUCUCCAAACAACUCCUCAAUUUAGAAAAGUCUGCCCUCACAAAGAUGCGCUUCACCAAGUGUUUUAGCUUUGCCAACGUUGAGUCUGAAAAUUCCUACCUUACACAACGUGCCAGGUUUUUUACGGACAAUGAGGGCCUUGAUGACUACAUGGAGGCCAGGGAGGGCAUGCACCUGAAAAACAUUGAGUUGAAGGAAUAUAUCAUGGCUCUGUCUGACCCAGACCAACACCCCUGGUAUCUGUCCCAUUACGUCUUUUGGUUUGCCUCGUUCCUCACCUUCUCAUGGCCUCUACGGGUCUUCACGGAGUAUCGCACCGCAUACGUCCACUAUCGUGUUGAAAAACUGUUUGGACAUGAUUACAUCCCAGUGACGCCAUGUGAUGAUCGCCCGUAUUGGAGACGCAUCCCUCGUGUAAACACCAUCGACAGCACAGAGUUGGAGUGGCACAUUCGGUCCAAUCAGCAGUUGGUGCCCAGUUACUCAGAGGCAGGCCUCAUGGACCUAGCCCAAUGCCCCUCCAACUUCAGCGGCAUUCGGCAGAACUGUGAGCGAUGCCACAGAGCCAUCAGUUGCUCUUCAGUGUUCUCCAGAAGCGCCCUCAGCGUCUGUACAGGAGCCAGCUCCCGAAUCCCCUUCAGUGGCAGCAGAUUCUCCCUGGCUCGGCGCUACGGAUCACAACGGAGCUGCUUUUGGAGAAGCGGCAGUUUGGACGAUCAGGAGAGUCCCAGUGAAAACACCCGCUGUCUUUCAGAGCGCCUCACCACAGACGAUGAAGAACCUCCAGACUAUGACAACGCACUCUGCUACCCGGUGCUCAUCGUCCACUGCAGUGAGAAUUGCCACAAUCACAGGUCUUUCCACAGAAACGGCUCCUGUGUGGAGACUUCUCUAUGACUGCACUGAAAGAACACACGAGCAUACAGUUCUAGUCAGAAGUUUACAUACACUCAUCAUGAGAACGAAUGCCAUAUAAAUUUAGGGCCACUGAUGAUUUAUUUGAACCGUUCUUUCUCGAGAGAGGAAUGAUUACAACAUUUCUUUAGUGGGUUUUAAAAAAACAAGAGUCGGGUACACACAAAUUUGGGAAAUAGCUUCAUAUGGACUUUUGACCACUCUUCUUGGGAGAGCUGGUAGAGUUAAUUCAAGCUGAUUGGUUUCCUGACACAGACCCAGCUACACAUCUAUGGAUGUUUUCAUUCAUCCAGGUCAUUGUAUUCUCAGGGCUUUAAAUCUAUCGCAACUGGACUGUUCAGUUUGUCUUAGAAGACUUUUUGCCUCAUCCAAGCAGGCUUAAUCAGUUCAUGUUCAUAGAUUGGUUAGAUUGGUCAGAUCUAGUCAAUGACCUUGAACAUUCUUCUAGAUUAGAACGUGUCUUUCACGGUACAGUUUGAUUGAUUGAAUGCCCAGAAUAUAGUCCACAAAGAUCCACAAUUCCAGAACCGUAGCCUGCUUCAUCCAUUACAAAACUAGUUCAGAUGUUUGUUGUCCUGUUGGAGCCCAAUGGUUUCUAAAUUUAAACGGUCUAGCUGUUAAUUUGAGGUAAAAAUUAACUAUUUGGUAGUUCUUCAUGAUUUACUCCAUUUUAUGCAGCGCACCAGAACUGUUGAAAGUAAAGCAAUCUCACAGACACUUGACACUCAAUGUUCUUAGGUUUGAAAGCUUCCCCUUGACUCCUCCAAACAUACAAAGUAGCUUUCUCUGGUAGCCAUAAAACGUUCCUCCAAGAGGCACUGGCUUGUGCGUGUGGUGCAGCUGCAAAUUGGAGAACAGGCUUCUUUUUGGUUGGCACUGUCUCAGUACAGUUGAUAUACCGUAAAUCUGUCUUUACUGUGAACCACACUGGCGUUCCAGAUUCCAGGUCAUGGCAGGCUUUAGUCUUAGUGGUUCCUGAACAUCCUAACCAAUUUCCUUUCAUUUGAAAGUGACAUUAUCAGUCUUCUUCCAGACCUUGGAAAAGUGGUGAAACAUCCAUGUGUACAAAGUACAAUUGUUUGUAGUGUUAUUAUUAGAAUCUGCAGUUGACCCAAUAGACUUAACCCACAAUCUACAAAAAUCCUUCACUGAGAUCCUUGGACUUUAGUAGCUUUGUAUUGGUCGAUCCAAUGAAAGCGGUACUUUUUUUGGUACCGAAUGAAGCUUUUCUAUACCAAUAAAGCAAGAAGGCACUCAAAAGUACUGUAAAGUUCCCCUUUCCAAAUGUGCUAGCUCAGUGCUAAUUUACAUUGGCUUUUUCAUAGACAUGCUACCGAUUAGCAUUAGUGAUGUUACAUGGUGAUUUCAAAACCUCCAAACUGGCAAUCGGAACUACAACUGAGAUGCACGUUACAAUCAAACAGUAGGUGUGUAUUAAGAACAAUACUUACAGUUCAAACACUUUGUAGAACUCAACAAAAGAACUGGCUCAUUCAACUUCAUGGCUAAGACUACUUCCUGACAAAAGGCACAGUAUAUACACUAUUUCCUUCUAACAUAGAGGACUUGCAACUGCAUGUAAUGUCUAUUAUAUAAUAUGUGCAAAUGAGACUCAGAAGUGUAAAAAAAACAAGAUAACAACCGGACCCAAUUCUUGUUUACAACCAUCAUUGAAGAUCUAUGUAGUGCAAUUAAAUAACCAGUCAAAUAAACUAUUAAGGGCCCAGAAUUAAUAUGGCAUUAUUAUGACAAGUGUAUGUAAACGUAUGACAGGAAGUGGCUCAGUAGCAUGAUACACUUUGUUUGUGUUGUCAUUUCUCACACAAAUGCCUGAAUCCUGAAUGUGUGAAAGACCAAAGCAAUAAGUGCAACCUCCUAGUGGAUGAAGACUGUUAACACUGCAUAUCAUUGCCAUAGCUUUUCAAAUCUUUACAUCUAAAAGUGGCGCUGCAGUUACCUCACAGGAGCAUUACUGGCAUGAUGAGCAGAUUUAAGUAUCUAACUGCAAAAGAAGCAUCAGAAGACUCAAGUUAGGUAAUUUUCAACGACAGCAAUAACCACAAAAACACCAAAUAUGACCAUAUCACAUGACAUAAUAGAAUCUAUGCCACACGAAAAACACGAAAUACUCAUUUAUGUCAAUUUAUAAUCUGUAAUGUUUUAUGUUGUGAUGAAGAGUGAUGAUUUAAGUUAACUCAAGUUGCCUUUUUUUUUUUUUUUUUUUUUACACCUUUUAACGCUGUUCAGAAUGUAUAGUGCCUGUAGGUUGAACUACACUGCACCAAGUUUUGAGGUUCAUUUUCUUAUGAUUUAUGAAUUUUGCCUACUAUUUUAGCAAAUUGUGUUGUAACUCACAUAAUUGCUAACAGAAGAUUUUGAAAGAAUUUAGAUCAGGGGUGUCAAACUCGUUUUCAUUGAAUGCUACAUCGCAGUUUCGGCUUCCCUCAGAGGGCCGCUUGUAACAGUGAACAUAUAUUAAUAAAUACUGUAUGUAUAAAGAUUUUCCUCAUGAUAGUGUUACACAAUUGCCUAUGCAUUUGAUUA